AAGGGAAGGCGCCUGAAGAGAAGAGAAGAUGGCAUCGGCGACGUCGGCGUCGUUCCCUCCGCCACCGCCGUACUACCGGCUCUACAAAGACUAUAUCGACGAUCCCAAGUCCGCCCCGGAGCCUCCUCCACCUCUCCAAGAGAGCUUCCCCCUUUUCGGCCAGCACUUCACCAUUGAUUUGGUGCUGCCGAGCCUCGAGGAUCAAGGGGUUCGCCAGCUCUACCCCAAGAGUCCCAUCAUCGAUUUCAAGAAGGAGUUGACCUCACUUAAUAGGGAGCUACAACUACACAUCUUAGAGCUUGCUGAUGUCCUUGUGGAAAGACCUUCUCAAUAUGCUCGAAGAGUGGAAGACAUAUCUCUUAUCUUUAAGAACUUGCAUCAUCUCCUCAAUUCCCUGCGUCCUCACCAGGCUAGAGCGACACUUAUUCACAUACUUGAACGUCAAAUUCAGCGUCGAAAAGAGGCUGUUGAUGACGUAAAAAGGAGGAGAGCAGAGGCACAGAGACUUCUGAAGGAAUCUCUUUUAGUCUUGGACGGUCAGCUGCCUUGAAGCGUUGUAAUUAGUUUCCUGUAUCAAUGUCGUAAAAGAGAAGAAAUUAUGUAUGAACUUCUAUCUGAGCAUUAAGCUAGGUAUUGAUUUAUUAGCUAAGAAGUGCCAUGUCCUUUGUUGCCUUU